AUGACAAAAGAAGAAAUCAAAGAAAAAAAGAGAAGAGUUGUAGAUGAACAAGUAAUCGAAAAGAAGAAGAGUAAGAAACAUAAGAAGGACAAAAAGGAAAAGAAGGAUAAAAAGCACAAAAAGGAGAAGAAGAGUGAGGACAAGCAAGUUGAAGCACCAAAGAAAGAAGCUGAGAAGAAAAUAGAAUCUACCCCUGCAGCUACUAACGAAUUUUACGUUCAGAGUGAAACCUUGACUAAUGUUCCACAAUCCGAAAUUGACGACUUUUUCAAAGAAAACGAAGUUGCCAUUGAAGAUCCAUUAAAGCUGAAUUUGCGUCCUUUAUUAUCAUUUGACCAUCUUUCCUUGGAUUCCUCUAUUCAAGCCGAAAUUUCUAAGUUCCCAAAGCCAACACCUAUUCAAGCAGUUGCCUGGCCAUAUUUGUUGUCUGGUAAGGAUGUCGUUGGUGUUGCUGAAACCGGUUCUGGUAAGACAUUUGCCUUUGGUGUCCCAGCUAUUAGCCAUUUAAUGAACGACAAAAAGAAAAGAGGUAUUCAGGUUCUGGUCGUUUCCCCAACUAGAGAAUUGGCCUCUCAAAUUUACGAUAAUUUGAUCAUUCUGACCAACAAAGUUGGCUUGCAAUGUUGUUGUGUAUAUGGUGGUGUCCCAAAGGACGAACAGAGAAAUCAGCUGAAAAAAUCUCAAGUAGUAGUUGCUACACCUGGUAGAUUAUUAGAUUUAUUACAGGAAGGUUCCGUUGACCUCUCUCAGGUAAACUACUUGGUUUUAGAUGAAGGUGAUAGGAUGUUGGAGAAAGGUUUUGAAGAAGAUAUUAAGAAUAUCAUUAGAGAAACUGAUGCGUCCAAAAGACAGACUUUGAUGUUUACCGCUACUUGGCCAAAGGAAGUCCGUGAGUUGGCCUCUUCUUUCAUGAAGGACCCAAUCAGGGUAUCUAUUGGUAACACAGAUCAAUUAACUGCUAACAAGAAAAUUACACAAAUCGUUGAAGUUGUGGAUCCCCGUGGUAAAGAAAGAAAAUUAUUGGAAUUAUUGAAAAAAUAUCAUUCCGGUUCAAAAAAGAAUGAAAAAGUUUUGAUUUUUGCUCUUUACAAGAAGGAAGCUACUCGUGUGGAAAGAAAUCUGAAAUACAAUGGGUACAAUGUUGCUGCUAUUCACGGUGAUUUAUCACAACAGCAAAGAACACAAGCUUUGAGUGAAUUCAAGAGCGGUAAGUCUAAUUUGUUAUUGGCUACCGAUGUUGCUGCAAGAGGUUUGGAUAUACCCAAUGUUAAGACCGUUAUUAAUUUAACUUUUCCAUUGACUGUAGAAGACUACGUCCAUAGAAUCGGUAGAACCGGUAGAGCUGGCCAAACAGGUACUGCUCAUACUUUGUUCACCGAACAAGAAAAGCAUUUGGCUGGUGGUUUAGUUAACGUUUUAAACGGUGCUAAUCAACCUGUUCCUGAGGAUUUGAUAAAGUUCGGUACUCACACUAAAAAGAAAGAGCACAGUGCUUAUGGUUCAUUCUUCAAGGAUGUUGAUUUGACCAAAAAGCCAAAGAAAACUACUUUUGAUUAG